AUGGCUUUCCCCCCUCCACCACCACAGCAGCCGCCACCACCUCCUCCACCAGGUCCGCCAGGUUCUGGAUAUGCGCCGCCGCCACCACCGCCCCCUCCUGGACCAGGCCCGCCGCCCGCGCCUGGUACUGUAGGCCCUCCCGGUAUGCGCCCGCCAAUCGAUCCCCAGAUCGCCAAGUUUGCGCAGAAGAAGAGGGAUUGGGUACGGCAGCAGCGCCAGAGGUUCGGUGAAAAGCGCAAAGCCGGAUUCGUUGAGACGCAGAAGGCGGACUUACCUCCCGAGCAUUUGCGCAAAGUCUUCAGAGAUAUCGGCGAUGUUUCGCAGAAGAAAUUCACUACGGACAAGCGAAGCUAUCUCGGUGCGCUCAAGUUCAUGCCGCACGCAGUCCUUAAGCUGCUCGAGAACAUGCCCAUGCCAUGGGAGAGUAGACGAGACGUAAAAGUCCUCUACCACACCAAUGGUUGCCUGACACUCGUCAACGAGGUUCCUCGCGUCAUUGAGCCCGUCUUUCACGCACAAUGGGCCGCCAUGUGGCUUGCCAUGAGGAAGGAGAAGAGCGACCGUCGGCACUUCAAGCGUAUGCGUUUCCCUCCUUUCGAUGACGAAGAACCGCCGCUGUCGUACUCGGAGAACAUUGAAGACGUUGAGCCACUGGAGCCUAUUCAGCUCGAGCUUGACGAGGACGAAGACCGUCCGGUUUACGAGUGGUUCUAUGAACAUCGCCCUCUUCUCGAUACCCCGCAUGUCAACGGACCCAGCUACGAGACCUGGAAUCUCGACCUUCCCCAGAUGGCGACACUCUACCGUUUGAGUAAGCAGCUUCUCAGCGAGACUGUGGACAAGAAUUAUUUCCACAUGUUCGACAUGAGCAGCUUUCAGACUGCAAAGGCGCUUAAUGUCGCUAUUCCUGGAGGACCACGCUUCGAACCGCUGUACAAGGACAUCGACCCUAACGAUGAGGACUUCGGCGAAUUCAACGCCAUGGACCGUAUCAUAUUCCGAUCGCCUAUCCGGACUGAGUACAGGGUGUCGUACCCCUAUCUUUACAACUCCCUACCGCGGAGUGUCAAGCUAGCAUGGUAUUCGUACCCUCAAGUCGUCUACGUUCGAGCCGAGGACCCGGAUCUACCGGCAUUUUACUUUGAUCCCGGAAUCAACCCAAUCUCUUCCAGGGCAGUGGCCCCAAAGAAUCUUUCUGUGAGCCACGAGGAUUUUGUUUUUGGUGAGGACGAUGAGGAUGAUGAGGACGACUUCCAGAUGCCAGAAGAGAUGGAACCAUUCAUGGCGGACGAGGAACUUUCGACUCCAGAGACUGCAUCAGCAAUUGCGCUCUGGUGGGCCCCACAUCCCUUUGACAAGCGCUCGGGUCGUAUGGUUAGGGCACAAGACGUUCCUCUGGUCAAGCAGUGGUACCUUGAGCACGUUCCCGCAGGUCAGCCGGUCAAGGUCCGGGUCUCUUACCAAAAGUUGCUCAAGACAUUUGUUCUCAACGAGCUUCACAAGAAGCCACCUCAAGCACAGAACAAACAGAAUCUCAUGCGGACGUUGAAGAGCACCAAGUUCUUCCAGCAGACCAAGCUCGAUUGGGUAGAGGCGGGUCUGCAAGUUUGCCGACAAGGUUACAACAUGCUGAACUUGCUCAUCCACCGGAAGAAUCUGACCUACCUCCAUCUUGACUACAACUUCAACUUGAAGCCUGUCAAGACACUGACCACCAAGGAGCGUAAGAAGUCGCGUUUCGGAAACGCUUUCCAUCUUAUGCGCGAGAUCCUUAGGUUAACGAAGCUCAUUGUCGACGCCCAGGUCCAAUAUCGCCUAGGCAACAUCGACGCCUUCCAGCUCGCUGAUGGUAUUCUUUACGCGUUCAACCACGUCGGUCAAUUGACGGGUAUGUACCGAUACAAGUACAAGCUCAUGCACCAAAUCCGUUCGUGUAAGGAUCUGAAGCAUUUGAUCUACUAUCGGUUCAACUCGGGUCCCGUCGGUAAGGGCCCUGGAUGUGGCUUCUGGGCCCCUGCCUGGAGGGUUUGGCUGUUCUUCAUGCGCGGUAUCAUUCCUCUGCUCGAGCGGUGGUUGGGUAACCUGCUUUCUCGUCAGUUCGAGGGUCGACAUAGCAAGGGCGUUGCCAAGACAGUCACCAAACAGCGAGUAGAAUCACACUUUGACCUGGAACUACGCGCUGCAGUCAUGAGCGACCUCAUGGAUAUGAUGCCCGAGGGUAUCAAGCAGAACAAAGUUAACACUGUUCUUCAGCAUUUGUCAGAAGCAUGGCGCUGCUGGAAGAGUAACAUUCCCUGGAAGGUACCGGGCUUACCAGCACCCAUCGAGAACAUCAUUCUGCGCUAUGUCAAGAGCAAGGCUGAUUGGUGGAUCUCGGUCGCACACUACAACCGUGAGCGCAUUCGACGAGGUGCUACCGUGGACAAGACUGUAGCUAAGAAGAACCUUGGACGAUUGACUCGUCUGUGGCUCAAGGCAGAACAGGAGCGUCAGCACAACUACAUGAAGGACGGUCCUUAUGUGUCCUCCGAGGAAGCUGUAGCGAUCUACACCACCAUGGUCCACUGGUUGGAAGCCAGGAAGUUCCAGCCGAUUCCCUUCCCUAGUGUUUCUUACAAGCACGACACCAAGAUUUUGAUUCUUGCCCUGGAGCGUCUGCGAGAGGCUUACUCUGUCAAGGGUCGUCUCAACCAGAGCCAGCGUGAAGAACUAGCACUCAUUGAGCAAGCUUAUGAUUCCCCUGGUACAACUCUGGCUCGUAUCAAGCGCUUCCUACUCACCCAGCGUGCGUUCAAAGAAGUUGGCAUAGAUAUGAACGACAACUACAGCAACAUCAACCCUGUCUACGACAUCGAACCGAUGGAGAAGAUCACUGAUGCGUACCUCGAUCAAUAUCUUUGGUACCAAGCUGAUCAACGACAUUUGUUCCCGGCAUGGAUCAAGCCUUCUGAUUCCGAGGUACCGCCACUCUUGACGUACAAAUGGGCCCAAGGUAUCAACAACCUGGACAAGGUUUGGGAGUCACAAGACGGCGAGUGCAACGUCUUGAUCGAGACCCAACUGUCCAAGGUCUACGAGAAGAUCGACUUGACUAUGCUGAACCGUCUGUUGCGACUCAUCAUGGAUCACAACUUGGCCGACUACAUUACAGCAAAGAACAACGUCCAGCUGAACUACAAGGAUAUGAACCACGUCAAUGCUUACGGCAUGAUCCGUGGUUUGCAAUUCUCCGGCUUCGUAUUCCAGUUCUACGGCCUCGUUCUAGAUAUCCUUCUCCUGGGCUUGCAGCGUGCGAACGAUAUCGCCGGUGCCCCCGAGAGCCCCAACGAUUUCCUCCAGUUCAAGGACAAGGAGACAGAGGUCCGCCACCCGAUUCGCUUGUAUACGAGGUACAUUGACCGCAUUUGGGUGUUCUUCAGAUUCACUGCUGAGGAGUCGCGCGACUUGAUCCAGCGCUUCCUAACUGAGAAUCCCGAUCCCAAUUUCGAGAACGUCAUUGGCUACAAGAACAAGAAGUGCUGGCCACGUGACUCUAGGAUGCGACUGAUGCGCCACGACGUCAACCUCGGCCGCGCAGUCUUCUGGGAUCUCAAGAAUCGUCUACCUCGCUCGGUGACGACGAUUGAGUGGGAAGAUACCUUUGCUAGUGUUUACAGUCGGGAUAACCCUAAUCUGCUCUUCUCCAUGAACGGGUUCGAAGUACGCAUCUUGCCAAAGAUUCGGAACACCACUGGUGAAUUUCCUACCAAAGACAGUGUAUGGUCACUAGUCGACAAUUCCACCAAGGAGCGCACUGCAGAUGCUUUCUUGCAGGUCACCGAGGAGGACAUCCAGAAAUUCAACAAUCGCAUUCGACAGAUCCUGAUGUCGUCUGGGUCUACUACUUUCACGAAGAUUGCCAACAAGUGGAACACGACACUCAUCGCCCUGUUCACGUACUACCGUGAGGCGGCUGUGUCGACGGUCAACCUGCUUGAUACGAUUGUCAAGUGCGAGACGAAAAUCCAGACGCGUGUGAAGAUUGGACUAAACUCCAAGAUGCCUUCCCGAUUCCCGCCAGCUGUAUUCUACACUCCCAAGGAGCUUGGUGGUUUGGGCAUGAUUUCCGGAUCUCACAUUCUCAUUCCCGCGAGUGACAAGCAAUGGCACAAGCAAACCGACACAGGCAUCACACACUUCCGCGCCGGCAUGUCGCACGACGAAGAGACACUCAUUCCCAACAUUUUCCGUUACAUCAUCCCGUGGGAGUCCGAAUUUGUCGACUCUCAGCGUGUGUGGAUGGAAUAUUCGCAGAAACGCCAAGAGGCUCAACAGCAAAAUCGGCGAUUAACCCUCGAAGAUCUUGAAGACAGCUGGGAUAGAGGACUCCCUCGUAUUAACACUCUCUUCCAGAAAGACCGCAGUACUCUCAGUUUUGACAAGGGUUUUCGCGCACGGACCGAAUUCAAAAUUUACCAACACAUGAAAAGCAACCCCUUUUGGUGGACCAGCCAACGACACGACGGUAAACUGUGGGCACUCCAAGACUACAGAACGGAUGUAAUUCAGGCGCUUGGUGGAGUUGAAACCAUUCUCCAUCACACAUUAUUCCAAGCGACGGCAUUCCCGUCAUGGGAAGGCCUGUUUUGGGAAAAAGCUUGUUUGCAGAACGGCACUAAGCUCCUUCGGUACGACGCUACUGAAGUAGCGGUGGAGGAGGUAAAGGACGGUGACCUAUUAUUGGGUCCAGAUGGAGGACCUCGAGUUGUCAGCAACGUGGUGAGUGGCACUGACCACCUUUACCGCAUCAAGAUCGGCGGACGUAAAGAGGAUCUGGUCGUCACCUCCAACCACAUCUUGGUCCUGCAUCGUGAGAAAGGUGCUGGGAAUGUAUACGCGGAGCCGUCGACUGAAGAUCACCACUACGAGGAGGAUGACCUGCUCGACACUGAACUGGACAGCGUCCCAAUUUCAGCAUCCGAACGUUACGAUACAGUCGAGAUGACCGCUCAGGAAUUCGCCAGUGUCGAUCCAACCAUACAGUCGAAAUACAGGUUGUUCAGAUGUCCUGGAUUCGACCUCCCCGAAUCGGACGUACCGGUUCAUCCUUACUUCCUAGGGCUUUGGCUUGGUGAUGGCUCUCGGACCUCCACUACCAUCUACUCAAACCAUGAGCGUGAAGUUCGCGAAUUUUUGUCUAAUUACGCUGCUGAGUUGGACCUUCACUUUGUCUGGCAUGGGGGUCUAAACUACGCUACAGUAGGCCGAACACGCCUUGCGGAUCGACCCUUGCCAACGGUGAAAGAAGGCAAAGCUCCUGCACGACCAGCGGUUCGCCAUGCGCGCCAGACUAUCAUUAAACAACGCCUCGCGGGUGGUUGGACGUUUCAAGAGAAUCGAGGACCUCGUGAACUUAGGCUUUGGAUACGUCCUGGAGAUGAGGUAUGCAUUGAUUCAAUUUGCACUAGCCUUUCUCUAACACAUGUACAGGAAGACGAUCUAAACGAGUACCUCGAUUUGAUCGAAGCUGAGAGUGCUGACGAGAUGAGCGAUGACGAGGAUCUCAGCAGCGACGACGUUCAUAUUAUCAACCACGACACUGGAGGCCGUCCAUCACACUACGAGCGCCAACGUGUCACACGCCUGGGGGCUGGUCGCAGGGUACACGGUGAUCUACUUCCUGAGGAGCAAGAUGAACUCGUCAACGAGAUUGUUGAGCACGACGAAAACGCCACUGCCGAAAACAGCACUGGAGUUAACAAGCUCCUCGUCGCACUUCGCAAACUUGGAGUGAUGCCGCCACCAGGUGAGACUGGUCAUGAGGUAGAUCGGAAACACAUCCCCACUGCAUACAUGAAGAACUCCAGGGCUGUUCGGCUUGCUGUGCUUGCUGGUUUGUUAGAUAGUGAUGGCUGGUAUGUGUACCCAGAGAACAUGUUCGGGUUUGCUCAGAGUGCACUCUGGCACAAGACGCUCUUCUGGAAUACUGUAGCACUGGCAAGAUCUCUGGGCUUCAGUGUCUGGACUACCGAACGCGACAUGUGGAACCCUAACCGAACGAAGAAAACACCUCACUUUUUCGCUCAGAUUUCCGGAAAUCUUUCCGAAGUUCCUUGUCUUCUGACCCGCAAGAAGGCAUGCGAACGCUACAUUCCUCAGAUGCAUAGUUUCGUGAUCAAGGACAUCACUCUCGAAUCCUCGCCUACUGGCUGGUCUGGCUUCAAGGUUGACCAGGAUCAACUAUAUCUCCGUCACGACUACAUUGUACUUCACAAUAGCGGCUUCGAAGAGUCGAUGAAAUUCAAGAAGCUCACGAACGCCCAACGCUCCGGUCUUAACCAGAUCCCGAACCGACGAUUCACUUUAUGGUGGUCCCCGACGAUCAAUCGAGCCAAUGUAUACGUCGGGUUCCAGGUUCAGCUUGACCUAACUGGUAUAUUUUUACACGGGAAGAUCCCCACGCUCAAAAUUUCGCUCAUCCAGAUAUUCCGAGCCCAUCUGUGGCAGAAGAUCCACGAGUCAGUCGUCAUGGACCUGUGUCAAGUGUUUGACCAAGAGCUUGAACCACUUGGAAUUGAGACGGUUCAGAAAGAGACUAUUCAUCCGCGAAAGUCCUACAAGAUGAACAGCUCCUGUGCCGACAUCCUGCUUUUUGCCAGCCAUAAAUGGAGCGUAUCACCACCAUCCAUGCUGCACGACACCAAGGAUACCAUGAGCGCGACGACUACGAACAAGUUCUGGAUUGAUGUACAACUUCGGUAUGGGGACUUCGACUCACACAACAUCGAGCGAUAUGUACGCGCAAAGUACCUCGACUACACACAGGAUAGCAUGAGCAUCUACCCAUCGGCUACCGGACUCAUGAUCGCCAUCGAUCUGGCCUACAAUCUGUACUCGGCAUAUGGGCAGUACUUUCCUGGGCUGAAGCAACUGAUCCAGCAGGCUAUGGCGAAGAUCAUGAAAGCCAACCCCGCCCUUUUCGUCCUCCGUGAGCGCAUUCGGAAGGGUCUGCAGCUGUAUGCAUCGGAGAGUUCGCAGGAGUUUUUGAAUUCCCAAAACUACUCGGAGCUGUUCAGCAAUCAGAUCCAGCUGUUCAUUGAUGACACCAACGUUUACCGCGUCACAAUCCACAAGACUUUCGAGGGUAACCUAACGACCAAGCCUAUUAACGGCGCCAUCUUCAUCUUCAAUCCUCGCACUGGACAGCUGUUCUUGAAGAUUAUCCAUACGAGUGUCUGGGCCGGUCAGAAGCGUCUGGGUCAACUAGCCAAAUGGAAAACGGCCGAAGAAGUUGCAGCUCUCAUUCGAUCUCUGCCUGUGGAAGAGCAACCGAAGCAACUUAUCGUCACUCGCAAAGGUCUGCUCGACCCGCUUGAGGUGCACUUGCUAGACUUCCCCAACAUCUCGAUCCGUGCGUCUGAGCUACAACUUCCAUUCCAGGCUGCUAUGAAGGUUGAGAAGCUUGGUGACAUGAUUCUUCGAGCAACUGGGCCUCAGAUGGUGCUUUUCAACCUGUACGACGAAUGGCUAAAGACCAUCUCCUCAUACACCGCAUUCUCGAGGUUGAUUCUUAUACUUCGUGCCCUGCAUGUCAACCAGGACAAGACCAAGCUGUUGUUGCGCCCAGACAAGACUGUCAUCACCCAAGAGCAUCACAUCUGGCCCUCGCUAGCGGAUGAAGAUUGGGUCAAGGUCGAAGUAGAGCUCCGAGAUCUCAUCCUGCUCGACUAUGGCAAAAAGAAUAACGUCAAUACCUCGUCGCUUACAUCGAGCGAAGUCCGUGACAUCAUCCUGGGUAUGGAGAUCUCGGCGCCUUCCAUGCAACGUCAACAGGCGGCCGAGAUAGACAAGCAGCAGGAAGAACAGCAACAGUUGACUGCUGUCACCACGAAGACUCAGAACGUUCAUGGAGAAGAGAUGGUCGUUACGACAACAUCGCAGUACGAACAAGCAUCUUUUGCCUCCAAAACUGAAUGGCGGACAAGGGCUGUUGCCACAUCGAACCUUCGCACUCGCGCCAACAACAUCUACAUCAACUCUGAGGAUGUUAAGGAGGAAGAUCACUUCACCUACGUCAUGCCAAAGAACGUGUUGAAGCGGUUCAUCACAAUCGCCGAUCUACGCGUACAAGUUGCUGGGUAUCUCUAUGGCAAGUCGCCCCCGGACAACAACCAAGUCAAGGAGAUCAGUACUAUUGUGAUGAUCCCUCAAGUCGGCAACACCCGUGAUGUCCAGCUUCCCAAGGAGCUGCCUAAGCACGAGUAUCUGGAGGACCUUGAGCCGUUAGGCAUCAUCCACACCGUCAGUGGUAACGAGCCACCGUACAUGCAGGCAAGCGACGUCACUCAACACGCUCGUCUCAUGAACCGACACGCUAGCUGGGAUAAGAAGACCGUUUCCAUGACUGUCUCUUUUACACCCGGAUCAGUUUCAUUGGCAGCGUGGGCUCUCACGCCCAACGGCUACAAGUGGGGCGUUGAGAACAAGGACACGAUGUCCGACAACCCAACUGGCUUCAGUACUAGCUUUGGAGAGAAGUGCCAGCUUCUUCUGUCAGACAAGAUCCGAGGUUAUUUCCUUGUUCCGGACAACGGUAUCUGGAACUACAGCUUCAUGGGUAGUGCCUUUGGCACGGUAGAGAAGAAGCCGGUCCAUGUGCGUCUCGAUACGCCUGUCCGCUUCUACGAUGCAGUUCAUAGGCCACUGCAUUUCCAUAACUUUGCCGAGUUGGAAGACGUUUGGGUUGACCGCGAGAACCAGUUUGAGUGA